GAGGGUUCAUGCUGGGGGCGCGACGGGCUUUGGAACGUGCGGAUCACAGCACUUGCCAUACUUAAGGCUGACAGCAAUCGAUGCGGGAUGAUGCUCCUCAGAUCCACCUCAAGAUGCGUUUCUCCCUCCUGCUUCUCUCGACGCUCGCAGCGUCGGCGCUGGCGGCGCCGAGCAGUCUGCUGCUGAGCAACAUUGCCUACCGUUCGCCGUCGAUCGAGGUUGGCGGCGACGGACUUGCGCACGACAUUGACGCCAUCGAGCGCCGGCAUGCCAAGCGUUCUGAGAACGGCGAGCGCGGCAGCUUCGCCGGCAAGCUGAGCUUUCCGUACGGCGUCGCGUCGGGCGACCCGCUCGAGGACAGCGUCAUUCUGUGGACGCAUCCGGAGCCUGAGCGCGACACCGACCAGCCGCUCUGCCUGCGCUGGGAAGUCUCCUCGGAGCCGGGCAAGUGGAAGGGCCGCGCGCUCGCCGACCACGGCACCGUGUGCACGACCAAGGACGUCGGCUACUCCGUCAAGGUCGAGGCCAAGCACCUCAAGCCGAGCAAGUGGUACAGCUACCGCUUCAGCGCCGUCAACGGCGACAAGGCAACGUCGCCCGAGGGCCGCUUCAAGACGCUGCCGCGCCCGAACGACGACAUCGCAAGCGUGAAUUUCGCCGUAUUUUCUUGCAGCAACCUGCCCGUCGGCUCCUUUGCUGCCUACGGUAACGCAGCCAAGCACAAGGAGAUUGACUACGCACUGCAUGUAGGGGAUUACAUCUAUGAGGGAUCGGCUCGUUUGGGCGCUCCUGAAGACCGACAGUUCGAACCACGUUACGAGAUCGCCUCGCUCGACGACUACCGUCAGCGCUACAACGCGUACCACCGCAAGGACGCUUCGCUGCGUGCCAUGCGUGCCGCUGUCGCCUGGCAGGUCGUUCCGGAUGACCAUGAGGUCGCCGACAACUCGUGGAAGGAUGGCUCUGCGAAGCAGCCUCCGGGCACGCUCUUCCGCGGCGUAACCUUCAGCGAGCGCAAGCGUAACGCAUUCAAGGCGUACUUCGAGAACAUGCCCAUCCGUCAGAUCAGCACCACCGACGACCUGCGCACCUGGCGCCAGUUCCGCAUCGGCAAGCUGGCGGAUCUCAACAUGCUCGACACUCGCCAGUACGACAGAGACGUGACUGAUGUCUACACCAACACUCCGUACAUCGAAUCGAUCCGCAACGACACUUCGCGCUCGCUCAUGGGUGGCCGGCAGGAGGCAUGGCUUUACAACAACCUCGAGAAGUCCAAGGCGACGUGGAAGGUGGUUGCUCAGCAGAUCCUCGUGACGCAGAUGCACCAGCUGCGCAAGUGCGUCGGAUGCGCCCAGGAUCUGAACUACGAUGCAUGGGACGGCUACACGGCGAACCGAGCACGCUUCUACGAGGCCGUCAAGAAGACCAAGAACGUCCUGAUGCUCGCUGGCGACACGCACGCCGCUUGGGUGUCGGAGGUGCACGAGCCGUUCACCGAUGACUACGAUGCGGCCACCGGGAAGGGCUCCUUUGGCAUUGAGCUUGGCGGCACCGCCGUCUCUUCCAGCUCUAGCUACGGCAGCCUGACGAAGGAGAUUUACGUCGAGCGUGCCAAGCAGCUCACCGAGGUCAACAAGGGCCUGCAGUUCGCCGAGGGCGAGCGUCGCGGCUGGUUCUCGCUGGAGCUGACGCGCGAGCGUGCCGUGGCGCGCUUCUGGGGCAACCAGAACACGGCGCCCGACUCGCCCGAGGACCUGCUUGCCACCUUCGAGGUCAAGGAGGGCACCGACCGCUUCGUGCGCCCCAUCAACGGCGGCAAGCGCCCGAUUGCAGGCGCGCUGCAGAGCCUCGAGUGGGACCAGAGCAGCUGGGACGGCACGACGUUCACGCGCCCGCGCGCUUGA